CUUUGUGUACGAUUCAUCUCGAUAGGCAUUUAUAUACCAAGUACCCUCCACUUCUGCCAUCUGCAACUGUGCCGGCACACCCAGUCUUUCUCACCGAGGUUCCAACCGAGAUCUGUAGGCUUGCAUCAGUAUCGUGAGACAUAAGAAUAUACAGGAUGGCCAGUGUCGUUUGUAUCUGUGAUCUCAAGGGAAAGUCCCUGAUUCAACGGUCAUACCGGGAUGACGUCUCACCAACAUAUAUCGAGCGAUUCAUGCCUUUGGUCCUGGAGAUGGAAGAAGAGAAUAUCCCAGUAACGCCAUGCUUUUCUAGCGAAGGGAUCAACUACAUGCAUAUCCGUCAUAACAACCUAUAUCUACUUGCUCUUUCGAAACGGAAUUCCAAUGCUGUCGAGAUCAUCCUGUUCUUGCACAGGCUAGCUGGGGUUCUCAUUGAAUACUUCAAAGAGCUCGAGGAGGAAUCUAUCCGGGAUAACUUUGUCAUUAUCUACGAGCUUCUCGACGAGAUGAUGGACUUUGGUUACCCCCAGACGACUGAGAGCAAGAUCUUGCAAGAAUACAUCACGCAAGAAUCACACAAGCUGGAAGUAAUCCGGCCUCCUGUCGCUGUGACGAACGCCGUAUCUUGGAGAAGCGAGGGGAUCAGGUACCGGAAGAACGAGGUGUUCUUGGAUGUCGUUGAGAGCGUCAACCUUCUGGUCAACGCCAGUGGAACCGUGAUCAGGAGCGAGAUCUUGGGAGCCGUCAAGAUGAAGUGCUACUUGUCAGGAAUGCCCGAACUGCGAUUGGGACUGAAUGACAAGGUCAUGUUUGAGAACACUGGCAGAGCCAACCGAGGAAAGUCGAUCGAGAUGGAAGAUGUCAAGUUCCAUCAAUGUGUCCGUUUGGCUCGAUUUGAGAACGAUCGAACAAUCUCGUUCAUCCCCCCUGACGGCGAAUUCGAGUUGAUGUCAUACCGGCUAUCCACUCCCGUCAAACCGCUUAUCUGGGUGGAAGCUAGUGUCGAGAACCACAAGGGCAGUCGAGUGGAAUACGUCGUCAAGGUCAAGGGACAGUUCAAGAGGAGGAGCACGGCCAACAACGUCGAGAUCUACGUUCACGUUCCGGAUGAUGCAGAUAGUCCCAAGUUCAGGGCAUCGGUCGGUUCGGUUGUAUAUGCACCGGAAAAAUCUGCCUUUGUCUGGAAGAUUAAACAGCUUGGCGGUGCUAAAGAAUACUUGAUGCGAGCUCACUUCGGUCUGCCCAGUGUGCGAAAUGACGAGGUGGACAAGCGAGCUCCGAUCUCGGUCAAGUUCGAGAUUCCCUACUUUACGGUCUCAGGAAUCCAGGUCCGAUACCUCAAGGUUGUGGAGAAGGCUGGUUACUCUUCGCUGCCUUGGGUGCGAUACAUCACUCAGAAUGGGGACGAUUAUACCCUUCGGACGAUUGCCGAUACCAAGCAGUCGUCGAUUAUUGCACCACUUUGAUCGCGUGCAAGAUCUCAACAUGAUGUACGAUUCAGCUUUCUUGUAUUUUCACGAGAUAUAUGUGCAAUUUUGUUUGUCUAUACAGAGAAGGC